AUGCCGAUGAGACUGGACAAAAACACAAAUGACCGGCCAGUGAUUGGUAUCUUGACUCAGAUAGUGACUGAUGAAGCCAUGAAGCCGUAUGGAAAGACCUACAUCCCCACUGGAUACGUGCAGUACAUAGAGGCUGGCGGCAGCAGAGUUAUGCCAAUAAGAGUAAUUUAUGAUGAGAAGUAUUAUGAAUCCGUUUUUCAGAAGAUAAAUGGACUUCUCCUCAUUGGAGGCGCUGCAGAUUUAGAAACAUCUGACUUUGCCAGAGUAGCAAAGAUCUUCUACAAACUUGCUCUGAAGGCCAAUGACGCCGGAGACUACUUUCCCAUCUGGGGCACAUGUAUGGGUAUGCAGCAACUGUCUGUUCUUGUGGCUGGUGAGAAUCUGCUCUCAAAAACCCCAGCUGAAAAUGAAGCAAUGCCUCUGAACCUCACAACCGAUGCUUUUUUGAGCAGGAUGUUCCAGGAUUUUCCCCUCCCCCUUAUGAAAGCCAUCAUGCAAGAACCUCUGACUGGAAAUUUCCACCACUAUGGCCUCACAAUACAGAAUUUCACCGAAAAUGUUAAAUUGAAUAAUUUUUUUACAAUUUUGUCAACAAACAUCGCUGACAACGGAGCCCACUUUGUCUCCACAAUUGAAGGUAAGAAAUAUCCCUUCUAUGGGGUACAGUGGCACCCUGAAGUGAAUAGAUUCAGUUGGGCCCCUAAGAACUACCCUCACUCCUAUCAUGCUGUGCAAGUGUCCAGUCUGCUGGCUCAGUUCUUCGUCAAUGAAGGAAGGAGAAGUUUUCACAAGUUUAAAGAUCCCGAAGAAGAGGCAAAGGCACUGAUUUAUAACUACACUCCAGUCUACUCAGCCGACUUCACAGCAUAUGAGCAGACGCUGCUGCGCUGUGAUUGGUGCAGGCGCCUGUCGGUCACGCAGGGGGCGGGAGGAUGCUGUGGUCUAGUUUGUGUCUCGCUGGUGCUGCUGGAUCUCACGGCGAGGAGCGCGGGUCGUCUCUGUCCAUCAGGUCCUCGGCUCUUCCAGCGGCUCUUCCAGCGGCUCUUCCAGCGGCUCUGCGGGCGGCCAGCAGGUGCCCCCCGGAGCUCAUCCACCCGGGCAACUCGUCUGCGGCGUGUUGGUAAACAGGAGUCUCCCUCUGGCGCAUUGAUGCACCCGUUUCAGUGGUGUAACGGGUGCUUCUGUGGUCUGGGUCUGGUCUACUCCAAUAAGUCAUGCACCAUGCCACCCAUCACCUUCCAGGACCUGCCCCUUAACAUCUACAUGGUGAUCUUCGGCACCGGCAUCUUCGUCUUCAUCUUGAGCCUCAUCUUCUGCUGCUACUUUAUCAGCAAACUGCGCCACCAGGCCCAGAGUGAGCGCUUUGGCUACAGAGAGGUGGUUUUGAAAGGUGAUCCAAAGAAGCUGAAUCUUCAUGGGCAGACUUGUGCCGUUUGUCUGGAAGACUUCAAGGUCAAAGACGAGCUGGGGGUGUUACCAUGCCAACACGCCUUUCACAGGAAGUGUCUGGUGAAGUGGCUGGAGGUGCGGUGUGUAUGUCCCAUGUGUAACAAGCCGAUCGCAGGCCCCCCAGAGCAGCACCACAGCAUAGGCACCCUGCUGGACGAACUGGUGUAA